AAAAGUCAGCACAUAGGAGGAGAGAGAUCACACAGGGAAGAAAAGCAGUACAAAACUCCUCCUCCAUGUUUUAUCUGAGCGUCACUGCAGCUUUUAUCAGCUAAGUGUGUGUGUGCGUCUGCAUGUCUGUUAAUGAGUAUAACAGAGAGACAUACUGGACUGUUACACAAGGAAAGUGCUAAAGAUGGUUGAAGACUAAGACACAGAAACAGAGAUUUUGACUCUUGAUUCUGACUGGCUGAGUGAAAAGUAGCAAAAGAAGAUGAGAAGUCAAGAGAGAGUGAGGAAGAUGUUGGCCAGGAGCUGCAAGAAGAAUGGUCAACUUCGGCCGUCCCCCGUCCUCACUUCUUAUCAGAAGACGCCCACCAACAGGCCUGCGAGCAGCCCCUCUUUGAACAAUUUACUGGGGGAAAAAAUCAGGAACAAUCGGCUGCUUACAGUCACAUGUGGAGGUAUAAAAGGCGAGCUGUAUAAGGAGAGGUUCAACAACAGUGAGCCAUGCAUCCUCUCUCAAAGUCAGUGGUUCACCCCCUCGCAAUUUGAAAAGUUUGCAGGAAUGGAGAAACACAAGAAGUGGAAAACUAGCAUCCUUUAUCAACACCUUCCUCUACAAACCUUUAUACAGGAAGGCUUUCUUUCAUCUCCAUCAUUCAAACUGAGGAAGAUACAGGACGCAGAGUGCAGGAGAGAGCUGUUCACACCCAGCGGGAGUACGAGACAUGUUACAGGUUAG